UAAACAUAAAUAAUCCAAUUACCUGUUUAUACCAAUUGAUGCCAUGAUAUAGGAUGCUUCAAUUGAUGAUAUAUUCGAAACCUUUCCUUGGCAUAUGCCUCCAAAGUUAACUUUUGAGACAGUCCCUGAGCCAGUGACAACACGUCAACGCAUUGAAACAGACGAAGUUGUAUACCAUAAAAAUCGAGAACGUAGAGUAUUAGCUGCAGUGUAUAUUAUGGAAAGUUAUAUUCCUCCUUCCCCAGCUGAACCUGAUGAAGUGCCAAACCCAAAUGACAAUGUUCCAAUCAUCCCCACAGAUAUGGAGGAUAUUUGUGAAUCAUCCAGCAAUCAACUGCAUGUAGAAAAACCAAAUAAUAUACCCCAACAACAGCAACAACAACAAUCAGUCUACCAACCAGUCAUUCAUCAGCAGUACCACCAACAGCCUUCACAAAAUCAAGUUUCUCAGCAACCGUAUCAGCAGUCAUAUCAGCAACCGUAUCAACAACCGUAUCAACAACCGUAUCAACAACCGUAUCAGCAACAGCCGUAUCAGCAACCUACUUAUGCUUCCUAUAAGCAAAAGCAGCAAUCUUCACAUGUUUCAUAUCAGCAACAGCAGCCUGUUCAGCCUAAUUUAAAUCGUAAACGAGCAGCUGACUCUGAGGACAUGAUUCAAACCAUGUUGGAUGCACAUCCUUGGUAAAGUUUAUAAAGUAUUUAAAAUAACACACAAGCCUAAUUGAUCUCAUAUAGGCUAGCAAAUUCUUUAAAGGAAUUAUCAUUUUUACAAGGAGAUGGUGAAGUGGAAAAGGUAUAAGCUUUGGUGUUUUAUUAUUUGACCUGAACUAACCAGACUUUCUUUGUAGAUGACGCCUUCUAAAAAGCAACGGCAAUAGGUCUGUUUUUUAUUUUUUAUUUUUUAU